GCACCAUGGACAGCUCCCGACUACGCAGCCUGGCUCUGGGCAGCUGUCUGCUGCUCCUUAUCAUCAGCGCUGUGUGUGGGCAAGAUGACAGCUCAGACCUGGAGACCAGGGCACUCCGAGACUUCUACCCAAAAGAUACCAUUCCUUCCAGUGAGAAAGAGCUGCUCGGGGCUCUGCAGGAAGUCCUGGAGAAGUUACAGAGUAAACGAAUGCCUUCCUGGGAAAAGAAAUUCGGACAAGUACCAGUGUGUGAUGUAGGUGAGCAGUGUGCAGUAAGGAAGGCUUCCAGGAUUGGAAAAUUAUGUAACUGUCCUAGAGGUUCUGUGUGCAACUUCUUCCUACUAAAGUGUUUAUAAGGCAAACAUAAAAACCCAAAGACGAUCUGCAGAAGAGACAGGGCUGAGCACCAACACAAGAUCUGGAGAGGACUUGGUGAUCAUGAUUUUUACAUUGGUAAAAUGAUGUACAGCAUCUGUUGUGUAUAAUGUACUGUUCUGCUAGCAUUUCUGUGUGCACUACAAAUAAAGAUUUGCUCUCUUUU